GCACAAGAGAGGACACAAAUUCAGUGAGAGAAAGACAAGAGAGAGAUUCAGAAAUAAGUGCAACAACGGACACAGAUUGAGUGAAGCAGAGAGCGAGAGUGGUAGAGAGAGGGCUUCACAUGAGAGAGAGAAAAACGGCAAAGAACAUAGAAAGAAACUAAGGAGAGAGAGAGUGUGCGUACUGCAGCAUUGCGCUGGUCUACUCGGUUAUCUGUCUCCAUCUGGCUGCCAUCUGUGUCUCUGGCUCUGGCCUUUGCCACACUGGAGCUCACAUAUGUGGGAAUGCAAACACAUGCCUGACAUAUGAAGGCGUGGAGUCACAGAAAGAGACAAAAAGGAACGGAUAAGAGAGCAAAACCCUGCAACUGCAGCUGACUUUCUCAAAGGACUGAAGAGUGGACUCUACUAGAGUGGAGACAGUAGAGAGAAGAAGAGCCCUGCCAUGCCCGGUUCUCCUGUGGAUGCUAAGACUCAUUCCAGAUCAGCCCCCAGCAGCAGCGCCAGCUCCACUAUGCCACCCCUGCCUUCUGUCAACCCCAGUGGCCCUCGUCCGGCCUCUUUUUCCACCACAGCAUUGACCAAUGGGAAUCAUCAUUCCCCACCAACCUUGAAUGCAGUGCCAUCUCCACCGCAGCGUUACAGCAACGGACCAUCCUCUUCCUCUUCCUCAUCGCUGGCCAACCAGCAGCUGCCGGCCACCUGUGGGGCACGCCAGCUGAGCAAGCUGAAACGUUUCCUGACCACGCUGCAGCAGUUUGGCAACGACAUCUCUCCUGAGAUUGGAGACAGCGUCCGAAGCCUAGUCCUGGCCCUUGUGAAUUCAACAGUUACUAUUGAGGAGUUUCACUCGCGGCUUCAGGAGGCCACCAACUUUCCCUUACGGCCCUUUGUUAUUCCUUUUCUCAAGGCAAACCUUCCCUUGCUGCAGAGAGAGCUGCUCCACUGUGCACGGGCAGCCAAGCAGACCCCAGCCCAGUACCUGUCCCAGCAUGAGCACCUCCUGCUAAGCACCACCCUGGCCUCCUCUCCAGACUCCUCUGAGCUGCUGAUGGAGCCUAAUGAAGCUGGUACCAAGAGACACAGCCCCAGCAGGGGUAAAGAAAAUGGUUUCCAUGAACGUCCACCCGUAGCCAUGGAACCCGCUGCAAAACGGAUUUGCACCAUUAGCCCUGCUCCACGACACAGCCCCGCUCACCCGCUGCCCCUCAGCGCCCAGCUCCACCCGACCCCGCCGCCCUUGCAGCACUACGCCCUGGAUGACAUUGCAGCGCCGCACAUUCUGCACCGUGAGCACAGCCAACGCAUGCUGGAGAUCCGUGAGCUUAAAGACAGGCCCAGACUCCCUGGCACUAACGGGGGAUACCGCGAGGAGCCGGUGGACCACAGACUGACAGACAGAGAGUGGGCUGAUGAAUGGAGGCAUCUGGACCAUGUGUUGAACUCCAUUGUGGACAUGGUGGAAAAGACACGGAGGUCAGUGAGCGUGCUCAGACGAUGCCAGGAAUCAGAUCGCGAGGAGCUCAACUACUGGAGACGGCGUUCAAGCGAGCAGGAGGAUCCUCGCAAAGGAGGCUCAGGCUCCGCUCCCUUCUCCAAGACACACAGCCCCCACUCUGCAGAGUCGGACUCCCAGCGCGACUUUGCCCCGCGGCCAGGCUCAGCAUACGUUACAGAUGAGAUCUGGAGGAAAGCUGAAGAAGCGGUGAAUGAGGUGAAACGUCAGGCCAUGGAUGAGGUUCAGAAAGCAGUGGCAGAGGCUGAGCAGAAGGCUUUUGAGAUGAUUGCUGCUGAAAGGGCUAAGAUGGAAAAGACUCUGGCUGAUGCAAAGAGGAAGGCUCAAGAGGAUGCAAUCAUGGUCAUCAAUGAGCAGGAGGAUUCCAGUGAGUGUUGCUGGAAUUGUGGCCGUAAAGCUAGUGAGACAUGCAGCGGCUGCAACGCCGCUCGCUACUGCGGCUCCUUCUGCCAGCACAAAGACUGGGAGAGGCAUCACCUCAUCUGCAGCCCAGGGCUUCAGGCUCAACCCAAACCAGUUUCCGCCAUCACUGCAACCAGAGUAGCUGCCAUGGCCACGGCAGCAGCAGCAGCAGCAGCAGCCGGGGUGUCUCCUGUCGGCCUGGCUGGGGUCAAGGCCCCUGACAGUGUGCCUUCAGUCUCUAGUCCUGGUGGGGAGAAGGCUUCGGUUGCUUCUCGCUCCUCCACCCCUUCCACCCCCGCCUCGGCCCCCGAGACCAAUGGACACUAGGAGGUGAAGGACAUCAUUGGUUAAUGUGUCAGCUAUCCUCUCCCUUAACGGGGAAGAAUCAGCAGCAAGAGGGAACUAUUUGUGGGUUAAGUUAGGAUAACAGAUUUUUCAUCAUACUCUUUGGCAGAUAAAAAAGGACAGAUUAUGGAUGACUGUUUGAGUGAUAUGUCAACUGGGACUUUGGCUUUGGCAAAGAACAGAAGGACUCGUCUCGAAUGCAUCCAUUGGAUGAACAGAUCUCCCUAACAGAUGGAAACGCAUUUGUCUUCAUCCAAAACCCGAAAUCUUGGAUCUGCGAGGAAAGGAAAAAAAACAAACUGAGAUCAAUCGUCAGUUAUCUCCGGCUGCGGGGAGGAAGUUAUGAAAGGAAGGCAUAUUAGAAAAGACAGAGGUAUAAACACACCUCUCCCCUCGAACUAAUUUUCUCACUUUGUUGUGUAUAGAUUUAAGAUGAGGGAGGUGGCGGUGGUAAAUGUAAACAGUGUAAUAGUACCAGCCAUAAAGCAUCUGUCUUUGUCCUGUAGGAAAAAUCUGACAGUAGACCACAUAAGAGUCGCCUCUGCAGCUCUCCUGUACACAUAAAUAUUUGCUCGCCAAGUUCUUGUCAGGUUGUCAUAUGUGUGAAUGCGUGUUUCAAACGCUUGUGCCGUCAGUGAAUAUUGUAAAGCAUAGGAAUACUUUUGUCAAAGCAAUAUUACAAUGAAGUGUUCAGGUAUCUCAAGUUUCUGCAUCACCAAAGUUUUCAUUCAAUAAAGAGAGAGUUAUUGUCAUUGCCUGUAACUGUCUUUGUGAACAAGAGAUACUUAUACACUAAUCUUAUCUACUUUUAUAAUGAGCUUAACAAGGAACUCUGGUCACUAUUUUUUAUUUCUGAUCAUCAGACAUCCUCAAAGAGCAGAGAGAAAGAUGAUGGUGAUUAGAUCAAAUGAGCGCAGGAAGAUUCAGUGAUGACUUCAUACUGGUUGCAGUUUCAUUUUGGUGCUUGUUCACGUCACCAGUUGUGUAUGGCAGGGCCAGAUGUUGCUUCAAAUCUUCCACCAUUGCAAUGUUUGCAUCAGAAGAGCAGUGUGUCACACAGCAUUAAAAUGACUGAUUUUUCAACAGAAGGGGAGUUAAGGCAUUAAAGUGAAAUCCAUAUUACUUUAUUUGAAAUUAUCAAAAAGGGGAAACGGCUUUCUGGUGCCUAUGUUGCUGUGGUGCAGGUUUAAAGCAGCGACUGACCCACGGAGAAUCUCAGGAGCUAAACUGUAUUUGUAUGUACAGAUCAUUCUGUUCUUUUUCUUUUGUCACAGUUAGUUUAAAGUCAAAACGUUUAGUGAGGAACUUUAUUGUACUCUGCUGUUUCAACUGAGACGUUGUUCUUGUUUUUGUUCGUUGUAAAAUGACUUUGUAAAGAAUAUUAUGAGAGAAUGCCUUUAUUUUGUGAGCCACAAUUUUCCCUUCAUUCUUUAAACACAUCCUUUUGUUAUGAGGCAUAACUUCAUAUGAAAAAAGAUAUCUUGACAUGAAGUAUGAAAUAAAGAAAUAGAAUUACUUCAAAACA